CGCAAGCAGGGCUGCAGGCCUCCGAGGCCAUUGGGGAACAGCUGCAGAGGGAAGGAAGACGGCUCGGAGCUGCAUUUUACAAGGAGCUCUCAGCUGCUGUCUCAUGACUGGCUCGGUCUCCUGGAAGGUGGCUCUGCUCUCGAAGCCAUAAAGAAGAGGAGCAGAGAAGCAGCAGCAGUGCAGGGAGCUCCAGCUACUGGGAGCCAAGGCAGAGAGGGGGCAGCUGUACCCCCUGCCCCGUGCUGAGCCAGGGAAAAUGAGCUGCCCGUCCACCCAGAGCGGGGAGCAGAUCGAGCCGCUCAGGUACCUCAGCCGCGUGGAGGCGGAAGCCAUCGAGAAGGAGCUGCUGGAAGAUUACAGAUUUGGUCGCCAGCAGCUGAUUGAGAUCUGGGGACAUGCCAGCGCCAUGGCUGUGACCAAGGUGUUCCCUUUGCCGUCCCUCCCAAGGAAGCAGCCCACAGUGCUUGUGGUGUGUGGUCCCGAUCAGAACGGUGCCAUCGGCUUGGUGUGCGCGCGGCAUUUGCGGGUGUUUGAAUACGAGCCGACCAUCUUUUACCCCAAGCGGUCCCUGAAUUCCCUGUAUCGGGAUUUCACCACCCAGUGUGAAAAGAUGGACAUCCCCUUCCUCUCGUACCUGCCGACAGAGGUCCAGCUGAUCAAUGACGCCUACAACAUGGUGAUUGACGCCAUCCUGGGAGCCGACGCUGAGCCGGGGGAGGUGAAGGAGCCUUAUGCCAGCAUCUUAGGCACCCUGAAACAGAUCCGGAUCCCCAUCAUCAGCCUGGAUGUGCCCUCAGGGUGGGACGUGGAGACGGGAAACAGCGAGGGAAUCAGCCCUGACAUCCUCGUCUCCUUGACCGCGCCCAAGCAAUGCGCAACCCGCUUCCUGGGCAGGCACCACUUCCUCGCUGGCCGCUUCCUGCCCUACGAUGUGCAGAAGAAAUUUGAGCUCAACCUGCCCGAAUACUCAGGCACAGAGUGUGUGGUUUCGCUUUAAGGUUCUGGGGGAAGCGGGGGCGGGGAGGGGAGUUGGGGGUGGGGAGAGAGGAAAAGCCACCCAGCUCCUUCAGAAUAAAAAGGCUUCAAAGCGUUUUGUAUUUUUUGAGCAGCUGGGUGACUCCCUGCUGGGAUACUGUGUCCGGGCAGCAGGGCCUGGCUUCCCAUCCAGAGGGCAUGCAGCUCCCAGGGAGGGCGUCUGCUGGCAGGAGGUCCUUGGGCACCUCAGGCCACCGUGACCAAGCCUUCAUGUUGAUCAUUUAAACUCGGGGGGGUGCCCAGGGGAUCAAAGGCAGCACUGAACCGAACCCCUCUCCUCCCAUGGGUCCCACACCCCCAGCGUCUCAGCCCAGGCCGCGGGGUUGAAUUGUGGAGUCACAGGGGCAACUGUGUCAUUUUGUGGCAGGGUGAGGAAGGCCGGGUGGCUUGUUCCUGCCAGGAGCUCAGAUACCCCAGCAAUGGGCACCCAUGUAAGCGCCUUGCUGAAUAGGUCCCUCCAAGAUGAAUUGUCUCCCAAAGGCAGGUGGGGGAUGUACGGCAGGAAGAAACAUGCGCUCAGCCCCUGGCAGGACAGGCCCAGCUGACCUCAUAGGCCUUUCCCAUCACUCACUGCCCUGAUCCACGUGUUGGGAUUUCUCAGUGCCCUUUUCGCAGGAAUCCUUUGUGAACAGGAGCCUGCUCUGUAGCCAACCAGUUGGCAGGUUGCUGCUGCCGUGAGCCGAGGAAAGAGCAGAGAGAGGCAGGAUCAGGAGGCGAUUUCCUACUUCUCGCCCCGUGGGCCUCAGCUGCUGCUCUUGUCGGCGAUCUGCCCGCAUGUGGAAAGGGAAGGAAAUGACCUCCCUCUGCACUUGCUGUAACUGCCCAGCUGCCCCUCAGCCAGAGAACAGGGCUGUCCUUGGGCUGCGGCCUGGUGUGCUCUGGACAUUGGGCCUAGAAGGUUUCUGUGUUGCUCUCCCCGAGCUGCCAAGAGCUAGGGGUCACUGAGCCGCCUCGGAGCUGGGGGAAUGGCUGGGUGGCCAUCGCCCAAGGGGUAACCACCGAGGAAGGCCGUGGGUUCACGGGGUAGUCAGCACUGCCCUGCUUAGCAGGUGUCCCCCAGCGCUGGCUCAGUGCAGUGAUGGGGGCGGGGGUCCAGCGCAUGUCACUAGCAAAGGAUUCCCCUAGAGGUAACAGGCACCCAGGCUAGCCCCAUGGCCAGCAGGCUAACUCCCGGAGGCAACAGCGAUUUGGGCAGCUCCCCAGUGAAUCCUGCCCGAAGCGGUGGCCGGUGCUGUUCCUAGCCUGGCUGCUUUGCCAUGCGGGGAGAAGCCUGCAUUUUUCUGCAGAUCAGUGAAAUCUCCAGGGGCCAGAUGCACCCCCUCCCUGCCCCCACAUCGUCUUCCACCUGUUCUGAGCUAAAGCUCUUGGUGGCCACUCCGUUUGCACCAGCUCCUGGUUCCCAGGUGCAGCAAAACGACAAAGCAGUGCUUAGGUGGUAGCGUUCCCUUUCCCCGUGGAAACUCCCUUGGGUGCAAACUCCCCUGGGUGCAAACUCCCCUGGGAACUGGCCCGGCGAGUGUUCUCUGAAGUAGGAAGCACAGUAGGCUGGAUGAGACCGAUUUUAUUACAAGGGCUUAGUAGCUGUUAGCAGCCCUGCCUCCCUCCCUGUACUGUUAGCAAGACCCAGCGAGAGAGGGGGACCUACUGCUGUUUACGCAGCAAACCCUCCAUCCCAGCUCAGCUUGUUCCAUUUAUGUUGGUACAUUUCUUCUUUGGGGAGCUGGAGUUUGUAUGACACGGGAGCAUUGAUGCUGAGUGAGAGCAUGGCUCAGUCUUGGGAAGCUCACGCAGCGUACUGCCCGGUCCAGGGGGCUGCACAGCCUCCCCAAAUCUGGCCCAAUAUGCUGCCUUGGGGCCCUCGUGUCAUAGAGUCCCUGGGCAAUGCUCUGGAACUGCUCCCCAUGAAGCCAGUCAGGACUCUGGGGCAGUCGCCUUUCUGUGAGCAGCCUGUCUUCAGGACACACAGCUCACCCGGCUUCCACCUUCCUGGGUCUGACCUCGGAGCAUUCAGCGUCCUCUGCCCCUCCGUGUGCUUCCCACAGCGAGUCCACUCAGGCGGGGCUCCUGGGGAAGCCAGAGGGUCCUGCCCCCCAACUCCGCAGUCAGACCUGACUCUCAGCCAGCCAGUAAAACAGAGGUUUAUUAGACUACAGGAACAUGGUCUAAAACAGAGCUUGCAGGUGCAGAGAACCGGAUCCCUCAGCUGGGUCCAUUUUGGGGGGUAGUGAGCCAGACAACCCCGUCUGCCCUUCUUUCCAUGUCUCCAUCCAGACCCAAACUGAAGCUCCCUCCAGCCCCUCCUCCCCUGGGCUUUGUUCCUUUCCCAGGCCAGGAGGUCACCUGAUUCCUUUGUUCUCCAACCCUUUAGCUCUCACCUUGCAGGGGGGGAAGGGCCCAGGCCAUCAGUUGCCAGGAAACAGGGUGUUGGCCAUUCUCUGUGUCUAGAACCCUGCACACACCUGCCCUCUAGGGCUCUGCAAUGAUCAUACACCCUUACCCCACCACCUAGAUACUUAAGAACUGCAUAGGGGAAACUGAGGCACCCCCACACUAUUCAGAGGAAACAUUAAGAACAGUCCCACUUCGUCACACCUCGGUGCCAGCAGAUAACAUAAGAACAUAAGAAUGGCCCUACUAGGUCAGACCAAAGGUCCAUCUAGCCCAGUGUCCUGUUUUCCGACAGCAGCCAGUGCCAGGUGUCCCAGAGGGAGUGACCAGACCAGGGAAUCAUCAAGUGACCCAUUGCCUGUCACCCAUUCCCAGCUUCUGGCAAACAGAGGCCAGGGGCACCAAGGCAGCAGGACCUGCCCCCGCCCACCCUCCCAUAGCAUUUAAGGUGGGGUCUGGGGUGAGUCACACAUGGCCUGAUUCUCCACCAGGGCAGCUAAGCAGAAUUUUGUCGAAGCAAGAUCAAGGCCAGAGCCUCCCUACAGCUUCCUUCUCCCCACGCACAUGAGGCAAGCGACUUGCUUCGAUGGCCCCUAGUGGCUCCGCAGGGCCACAGCUCUGGCCUGGUUAUGCUCCAGGAUGCUUUGGCCACUCCCCACAUGGACUCUGGUUUGUCUGAUGGAGGCCCUGUGGCACUGUCUGGACACUGAUUUUCCAGCUCCUGCCUUUACCUCCCCUGACCUGAGCAUGCCACUGAUCCACAAACGGGAGGCCCACGACCCGCUGUGCUCUGCCAACCCUGCCGCCUGCUGAGGUCACGCAAGGUAAGCUGCAGGCUGGGCAGGGCGAGCCAGGGGAAUCGUGUGUGUGUGUGUGUGUGUGUGUGUAGACAGUGAUAUGCUCUUUUAAUGAGGAUUAUCCAAGUCAGUCCGCCCCGCAGGGGGAACUGAACGGACUAGAGAAUCCGGGCCAGGCAUUGUGUGGUGGAGCACAGCGGGGCAGGUGGCUCCCUUGGGAUUUGUUCCUGCGGGUGUUGAAUGUUUCUGUGUCUCUGGGCUCCUGGAGCUUUGUCGUUUGUGUGCAAACAGAGAGCCAGGGGAGAAUGCUGCUAAUAAAGAUGGGCUUGGAACCGA